CUCUCUCUCUCCCCACCUGAAGCAGAAGCAAAAGCAAAAGCUAAAGCUUUGAGCAGACACUGGGCUUCUUCACUUCUCCAAUAAGCGCUUCCAAGCUGGGAUUUUUCAACUGAAGCAGGGGGUUUCAAGAGAUGGGCGGUUCGGGGAAGUGGUUGAAGUCCCUAAUAGGACUCAAAAAGCAGGAAAAAGACGAACUUGAGAAGUUGGGCGGAGGUGGUAGAAGCAGUAGUGGCAGUGGCAAAAGCCGGAAGUGGAAGAAGAAGCUAUGGAAGAGGAGCAGAAGCGCUUCUGGGGACCACGGCUCGGCGGCGUCGGAGGCGUCGGACGCUUUCAGCGCCGCCGUGGCCGCGGUGGUGCGCGCCCCGACCAAAGAUUUCAUGGCGGUGAGGCAAGAGUGGGCCGCUAUUCGGAUCCAAACCGCGUUUCGCGGCUUCUUGGCGAGGAGGGCGCUGAGGGCGCUGAAGGGGGUGGUGAGGCUGCAGGCCAUCGUGCGGGGGCGGCAGGUGCGGAAGCAGGCGGCGGUGACGCUGCGGUGCAUGCAGGCGCUCGUGCGAGUGCAGGCGCGCAUCCGGGCGCGACAAGUCCGAAUGUCGGAAGAUGGCCAGGCUGUGCAGCGGAUCCUCGAGGCCCGCCGGAGUAAAUCCGAUCCCUUAAGAGAAGCUGAGGAAGGAUGGUGCGACAGCCAAGGCACUCUAGAAGAAAUAAGAGCGAAGCUGCAAAUGAGACAAGAGGGAGCUAUUAAGAGAGAGAGGGCCAUUGCUUAUGCUAAUUCUCAGCAGGUGCACUUGCAUUCGAAAUUAGCAACGAACGGAACAUUGAACCAAGCGACAAACUCUCUUAAGCAUUAUAAUUCAGAUAAGAGCAAUACUAGUUGGAGCUGGCUCGAGCGUUGGAUGGCCGCGAGACCAUGGGAGAGUAGGAUAAUGGAACAACAAGCUCACAUUGAUACCUAUGAGAUUCUUUCUUGUAAAAAGAGUGAGGAUUCUUGUGGAAAUUUUCAGAAUUAUUCUGAGCCAUCUUCGGUGAAAGUUAAGAAGAAUAACAUGACUACAAGGGUCUCAGCUAAACCCCCUGUAAUGGCUAAUACUCACCGAUGCAAAGCUCGAUCUUCUUCACCUCCAAGUAUCGAAUUGCGUUAUGACGAGAGUUCUGUGUCGUCUCCUUCUUUCUGUACAUCCACGCCGAUAUCCAGUGCUACCAUCUUAGCAUCGGAAAGAACUGAGGAGAGCGUUAAAAGUCGGCCUAACUACAUGAACUUGACUGAGUCAACGAAGGCGAAGCAGAAGGUUUGCGGCACGCAGAGGACUGUUUCGCCAGGAGAGGUUCAUGUUCAUAGGAGGACGCCUUCUAAUUUUCAUUUGAAGAGUAUUGAUGGUUCGAGCCCUGUAUCUUUUUCAUCCAAGCUCGGGAACCCAAUCGGAUUAAGCAAUGCAAGGUAGUUGAGAAGCACGUGUAAGGGCUAUGAGCAGUUUUAACUAAGUCUCUAGAAUGUUUGUCUCCAUGUUCUUUUCUUGUUCAACAUCUUGUUGUCAUGAAAGAGUUUGUGUAGCUUCCUUCGACUGAUCAGGUGGUUUCGACUACUGUGUCUUUUGUAUCAUAGAAGAUUUCUAAAUCGAAGAGUUUGCUUCUUGAAUCGUCAA